CUAAGGCGAUCAGGGAGAGCGGCGACACGUACAGCACAGCAGACUGCGAGUAGCCCGAUGAAGAGAAGACACUCCAAUUCCUCAACUGGUGAAGAGACGCUCAACAAACGCGUCAAUCGCCAUGCAGCAAAUCGUUCAGCAAAAAGAGACACUGUCGCACAAAGCAGUGAUGGAGAAGAGAAGGAGACGAACGACCAGGCCAGCAAUGUCAAUGUAGACAACAACAACGCCGGUGCAGACAAGAAGUGGAAAGCAUGGUCAGCCCACGCGACAUCCACGCCAUACCCCGACUUCGGUCAUCCAACAAACCGCGAAUGCCGACUCGCCUACGAAGUCCUUCACAAACUACACAACGACGCCGUGGAGGCCGAGUUCAAAGACUCCAAUACACCCGAGACAAUCCCAUUCGUUCUCGACGCCCUCAUCGUCGCCGUGCUCAGCCAAGCAACAAGCUGGAAUAAUGCGAAGCGCGCAAUGGACAGCAUGAAAGACACCUACGGCUCGGUAUUCGCCUACGAAGAAAUAUACACCGGUGGUACGGAGAAGCUGCAAGAGACUAUCCGCUGCGGCGGGCUUCACGUCAGAAAGACGAAGAUCAUCAUGUCGAUCUUGGAGGAAGUAAAACGACGGUACGGGAGCUGGAACCUUGAUCACCUGCUC